GAACGACCUUGACCAACUUAAUAAAAGCCAAUGUGUAAACUGAAGCAUGUAGCUUAAUCAAAGACUUUUUACUGGAAAUAGUCGGGAAUGAGGACCCUUUUGUCAAUCUAAGAAGCAAUUUAUGAUAGCUGAUUGAAUUCUACCGGAUGUUAGAAGACUACAACUGUAGGAAAAUGCAAGCAUUGGAUCAUCUUUGCUAAAAGGGGAAACCAAACGGGCUUUUUUUUUUUGAAGCAUGAUGGAAACUGAUUCCAAGUUGGAGACAAAUUUGAUGAACAAAAUUACUGAUGGAGAUUCAAACAGUUGUGGGUCUUCCAUAAGUAGGGAUGACAUUUCAUCCAAAAAGGUUUCCCAAGAUGACAGCGACAUUGCAGAAUAUGAUGAUGACACGAUCUCAUCAGCUCUGGCAGAAGACAGACCACCAUCAGAUGAAGAGCUAGUAGAUUUGGCAAAUAACGAUGAAGAAGAAGAAGAUGAUGAUGAUGAAAUUGAAGAAGAAGAAGAAGAAGAAAUUGACAGCGAUGAUGUUGAUGAUGAAGACGAUGAUGAAGACGAUGAAAAUGAGGAAGAAGCAGAAAUACUGAAUAUCAGCGAUGCCGAUGAUGAGGAUGAAAAUACAAAUGAUAUUGUUGAUAGUGCAGCCACUGUUGAGAAAGAUUGUAAGGAAAAAUUGGACAGGAAAGAAGACUCUGAAAGUCCAAGUACCUCAAAGAGGGCAACUUUGAAAAGGCCUCGAAGUAAAGGUACAGUUGUAGAGGCAUCAGAUGAGCCACCAUCAAAAAAGAAGAGCAGGGCAACAAAAGGGAAGAAAAAAGAUGGAAAGAAGGGAGAAAAGAAAAAAAGAAAAAGCAAGAAAAAUUAUGAGAGGAGAAAUAUCAGAAAAAUUUUGAAAGAAAGCGAAUUGGAUGCCAUGACACUCUCAGCUCAAAAGGAAGAAUUUGAGAGAAAGCGGCGUCUUGCAGAACAACAGAGAUUACUCUUACAACAACAACAACAACUUCAGCAGCAGCAGCAGUUACAACUUCAAAAACAGCAACAAGAACUCGACCUGUUGCAACCUGAAUUGCAGCAGACCCAAAGGCCGAUAAAACAAGAAUUCCCUCCCAGGGAGCGGGUAGAGAAAGAUUCACAGCUGAAAUCUCUCUUACAAUCUGCUGAGGAUGAGGCAUCCACAUGGAGUUCAAAGAAGGAUGAAGAUGUUGUUCUCCUUGACAGUGGAGAUGACAGUCAGAAGAAAAAAGGAAGAGAUGUCAUCGAGCUCUCCAGCUCCGACAACGACGAGGAGUGUGUGCUGCUCCCUAGCGACUCUGAAGAGCAGGAGGAGGAGGAGGACCACGAAAACAGCGGUUGUCAUAUCAAUGAUGCCAUGAAUCAGCCUGAUGCUCAGGGGAGAGUUUUGGUCAAUGUGGGUCACCCUCCUGAUGAGCCGGAUAUUUUUCUCGCCUCCCAGUUAACCAGGGCAAUAAAACCUCAUCAGAUUGGAGGUGUACGAUUCUUGUAUGACAACUUAGUGGAGUCUGUUGGGCGUUUUCGCUCAAGUCAUGGAUUUGGUUGUAUUCUGGCCCACAGUAUGGGGCUGGGGAAAACUAUACAGGUGAUUUCAUUCAUCGAUGUGUUCCUGCGGCACACCGAUGCCAGGACGGUACUUUGUAUAGUUCCCAUCAACACCCUGCAGAACUGGAUGUCCGAGUUCAACAUGUGGCUGCCACCCCCUGGGGACAUUAAGCCAGGGUCAGAGGUCGAGCCUCGGCAGUUUAACAUCUACAUUGUCAACGAUGCUCAUAAGAAUACCACAGCUCGGGCAGAAGUUAUAGAGAAGUGGUACAGAAACGGAGGAGUACUGCUGAUGGGUUACGAGAUGUACCGCUUGCUGUCGUCCAGGAAAACCCCAUUGCCGAGAAAGAAGAAGAAGCAGAGCAAUGAACCAGAGGUCAUUGACCUGGAAGAGGAAGACAAGAACAAGGAACUACAGCUGGAUAUCCAGUCAGCAUUGCUGAGGCCAGGCCCUGAUCUGGUGGUGUGUGACGAGGGACACAGGAUAAAGAACAGUGGAGCGGGAAUAUCCCAAGCAUUGAAGAACAUCAGAACUAGGAGAAGGGUUGUGCUGACCGGGUACCCGCUCCAAAACAAUCUAAUGGAAUACUGGUGCAUGGUGGACUUUGUGCGGCCAAACUUCCUGGGGACAAAGACGGAGUUCAGUAAUAUGUUUGAACGUCCGAUCAUGAACGGUCAGUGCCAGGACAGCACUCCGCAGGACACGCGGCUCAUGAGGUUCCGAGCUCAUGUACUGCAUAGUUUACUGGAGGGAUUUGUACAGAGACGCAGCCACGCAGUUCUGAAGGCCGCCUUGCCACCCAAACAAGAGCAUGUGUUGUUGAUACGUAUGAGCCCUAUACAAAGGAAGCUGUACAAGGAGUUUAUGACCAACGUGGUGGACUCUGGCCUUUCUGCCUGGGCCAAUAGUAACCCCCUGAAGGCCUUUGCUGUCUGUUGUAAGAUUUGGAACCAUCCAGAUGUUCUUCACAAAAUACUGGAACUCAAAAAGCUCAAUCCUGGAGUGGAUAAUGACCUUGACAUUGCAGACGACAGCAGCAACACUGGCUCCACCAGGGGAGGGAAGAAAAAAGGAAAGGGAAAAGAGUCACGGCCAUCUACACCCUCCUCUCAGGGCAGUGUCCAAUCAGAAGGGGGCUUCUUUCCAUUUAUGGACAAGAAGUCUGAGCAAGUGAUCACUUAUGAUUGG